CUCUCUGUCUCUCUCUCUCUCGUUUCCAUAGCACUUUCUUAUGCAAGGAGCUAAACAGUGAUUAAAGGAGCAGGAUGAAAAGAUGGCACAGUCAGUGCUGGUACCACCAGGACCUGACAGCUUCCGCUUCUUUACCAGGGAAUCCCUUGCUGCUAUUGAACAACGCAUUGCAGAAGAGAAAGCUAAGAGACCCAAACAAGAGCGUAAGGAUGAGGAUGAUGAAAAUGGCCCAAAGCCAAACAGUGACUUGGAAGCAGGGAAAUCUCUGCCAUUUAUUUAUGGAGACAUCCCUCCAGAGAUGGUGUCAGAGCCCUUGGAGGACCUGGACCCGUACUAUAUCAAUAAGAAAACAUUUAUAGUAUUGAAUAAAGGGAAAGCAAUCUCUCGAUUCAGUGCCACUCCUGCCCUGUACAUUUUAACUCCCUUCAACCCUAUUAGAAAACUAGCUAUUAAGAUUUUGGUACAUUCUUUAUUCAAUGUGCUCAUUAUGUGCACCAUUCUUACCAACUGUGUAUUUAUGACCAUGAGUAACCCUCCAGACUGGACAAAGAAUGUGGAGUACACCUUUACAGGAAUUUAUACUUUUGAAUCACUUAUAAAAAUACUUGCAAGGGGCUUUUGUUUAGAAGAUUUCACAUUUCUGCGGGAUCCAUGGAAUUGGUUGGAUUUCACAGUCAUUACUUUUGCAUAUGUGACAGAGUUUGUGGACCUGGGCAAUGUCUCAGCGUUGAGAACAUUCAGAGUUCUCCGAGCACUGAAAACAAUUUCAGUCAUUCCAGGCCUGAAGACCAUUGUAGGGGCCCUGAUCCAGUCAGUGAAGAAGCUCUCUGAUGUAAUGAUUCUGACCGUGUUCUGUCUGAGCGUGUUUGCACUAAUAGGACUACAGCUGUUUAUGGGCAACCUGCGGAAUAAAUGUUUGCAAUGGCCCCCAGAUAAUUCAUCCUUUGAAAUAAACAUCACUUCCUUCUUUAAUAACUCAUUGGAUGGGAAUGGUACCACUUUCAAUAGGACAGUGAGCAUGUUUAACUGGGAUGAAUACAUUGAGGAUAAAAGUCACUUUUAUUUUUUGGAAGGGCAAAAUGACGCUCUGCUUUGUGGCAACAGCUCGGAUGCAGGCCAAUGCCCAGAAGGAUACAUCUGUGUGAAGGCUGGUAGAAACCCCAACUAUGGCUAUACAAGCUUUGACACCUUUAGUUGGGCUUUCUUGUCCUUAUUUCGUCUCAUGACUCAAGACUUCUGGGAGAACCUUUACCAACUGACACUACGUGCUGCUGGGAAAACAUACAUGAUAUUUUUUGUGCUGGUCAUUUUCUUGGGCUCAUUCUACCUGAUAAAUUUAAUCCUGGCUGUGGUGGCCAUGGCCUACGAGGAACAGAAUCAGGCAACCCUCGAGGAAGCUGAACAGAAAGAAGCUGAAUUUCAACAGAUGCUCGAACAGUUAAAAAAGCAACAAGAGGAAGCUCAGGCAGCAGCUGCGGCAGCAUCUGCUGAAUCAAGAGAGUUCAGUGGUGCCGGCGGGAUAGGCGUUUUCUCAGAGAGUUCUUCAGUAGCAUCAAAGUUGAGCUCCAAGAGUGAAAAAGAGCUGAAAAACAGAAGGAAGAAAAAGAAGCAGAAAGAACAGUCUGGAGAAGAAGACAAAGAAGACGGGGUCCGCAAAUCGGAAUCCGAAGACAGCAUAAGAAGAAAAGGUUUCCGUUUUUCCUUAGAAGGAAGCAGGCUGACAUAUGAAAAGAGGUUUUCUUCUCCACACCAGUCUUUAUUGAGCAUCCGUGGCUCCCUUUUCUCUCCAAGACGCAACAGUAGGGCGAGCCUUUUCAGUUUCAGAGGUCGAGCGAAGGAUAUUGGCUCUGAGAAUGACUUUGCCGAUGAUGAGCACAGCACCUUUGAAGACAAUGACAGCCGGAGAGACUCUCUGUUUGUGCCACACCGACACGGAGAGCGGCGUCACAGCAACGUCAGCCAGGCCAGCCGCGCCUCCCGGGUACUCCCCAUUCUGCCGGUGAACGGGAAGAUGCACAGCGCCGUGGACUGCAACGGAGUGGUGUCCCUGGUGGGGGGGCCUUCUGCUCUCACGUCUCCAGCUGGACAACUCCUUCCAGAGGGCACAACUACUGAAACAGAACUAAGAAAGAGACGAUCCAGUUCUUACCAUGUUUCCAUGGACUUGCUGGAAGAUCCUACGGCAAGGCAAAGAGCAAUGAGUCUAGCUAGUAUUUUGACCAACACCAUGGAAGAACUUGAAGAAUCCAGACAGAAAUGCCCACCCUGCUGGUACAAAUUUGCUAACAUGUGUUUGAUUUGGGAUUGCUGUAAACCAUGGUUAAAGGUGAAACAUCUCGUCAACCUGGUCGUGAUGGACCCAUUUGUUGACCUGGCCAUCACCAUCUGCAUUGUCUUAAAUACUCUUUUCAUGGCCAUGGAGCAUUAUCCUAUGACGGAGCAAUUCAGCAGCGUGCUGUCAGUCGGAAACCUGGUCUUCACUGGGAUCUUCACAGCAGAAAUGUUUCUGAAGAUAAUUGCCAUGGAUCCAUAUUAUUACUUUCAAGAGGGCUGGAAUAUUUUUGAUGGUUUAAUCGUGAGCCUUAGUUUAAUGGAGCUCGGUUUGGCAAACGUGGAAGGAUUGUCAGUUCUCCGAUCAUUUCGGCUGCUCCGAGUUUUCAAGUUGGCAAAAUCCUGGCCCACCCUGAAUAUGCUGAUAAAGAUCAUUGGCAAUUCUGUGGGGGCUCUAGGUAAUCUCACCUUGGUGUUGGCCAUCAUCGUCUUCAUUUUUGCCGUGGUCGGCAUGCAGCUCUUUGGUAAGAGCUACAAAGAAUGUGUCUGCAAGAUUUCCAAUGAUUGUGAGCUCCCACGCUGGCACAUGCAUGACUUCUUCCACUCUUUCCUGAUUGUGUUCCGCGUACUGUGUGGAGAGUGGAUCGAAACCAUGUGGGACUGUAUGGAAGUCGCUGGCCAAACCAUGUGCCUUACUGUCUUCAUGAUGGUCAUGGUGAUUGGAAACCUGGUGGUUCUGAACCUCUUCCUGGCCUUGCUCUUGAGUUCAUUCAGUUCUGACAACCUUGCCGCUACUGAUGAUGAUAAUGAAAUGAACAAUCUCCAGAUUGCUGUGGGGAGGAUGCAGAAAGGAAUUGAUUAUGUUAAGAGAAAACUACGUGAAUUUAUUCAGAAGGCCUUUGUUAGAAAGCAAAAGGCUUUAGAUGAAAUUAAACCUCUUGAAGAUCUAAAUAACAAAAAAGACAGCUGUAUUUCCAACCAUACCACUAUAGAAAUAGGCAAAGAUCUCAAUUAUCUCAAAGAUGGAAAUGGAACUACCAGUGGCAUAGGCAGCAGUGUCGAAAAAUAUGUUGUGGAUGAAAGUGAUUAUAUGUCAUUCAUAAACAAUCCGAGCCUCACUGUGACUGUACCAAUUGCUGUCGGAGAGUCCGACUUUGAAAAUUUAAAUACUGAAGAAUUCAGCAGUGAGUCAGAUAUGGAGGAAAGCAAAGAGAAGCUAAAUGCAACUAGUUCAUCUGAAGGCAGCACAGUUGAUAUAGGAGCUCCCGCUGAGGGUGAGCAACCUGAGGUAGAACCCGAAGAAUCCCUUGAGCCUGAAGCCUGCUUCACAGAAGACUGUGUACGGAAGUUCAAGUGUUGUCAGAUAAGCAUAGAAGAAGGCAAAGGAAAACUCUGGUGGAACUUGAGAAAAACUUGCUAUAAGAUCGUGGAGCACAACUGGUUUGAAACCUUCAUUGUCUUCAUGAUUCUACUCAGCAGUGGGGCACUGGCCUUUGAAGAUAUAUAUAUCGAGCAGCGAAAAACCAUUAAGACCAUGUUAGAAUAUGCUGACAAAGUUUUCACUUAUAUAUUCAUUCUGGAAAUGCUUCUAAAGUGGGUUGCGUAUGGUUUUCAAAUGUAUUUCACCAAUGCCUGGUGCUGGCUAGAUUUCCUCAUUGUUGAUGUCUCAUUGGUUAGCCUGACUGCAAAUGCCUUGGGUUACUCAGAACUUGGUGCCAUCAAAUCCCUCAGAACACUAAGAGCUCUGAGGCCAUUGAGAGCCUUAUCCCGGUUUGAAGGAAUGAGGGUUGUUGUCAAUGCUCUUUUAGGAGCCAUUCCAUCCAUAAUGAAUGUACUUCUGGUUUGUCUGAUCUUUUGGCUCAUAUUCAGUAUCAUGGGAGUGAAUCUCUUUGCUGGCAAGUUUUAUCAUUGUAUUAACUACACCACUGGAGAGAUGUUUGAUGUAAGUGUGGUCAACAACUACAGCGAAUGUAAAGCCCUCAUAGAGAGCAAUCAAACUGCCAGGUGGAAAAAUGUGAAAGUAAACUUUGAUAAUGUAGGACUUGGAUAUCUUUCUCUGCUUCAAGUAGCCACAUUUAAGGGAUGGAUGGAUAUCAUGUAUGCAGCUGUUGAUUCACGAAACGUAGAAUUACAACCCAAGUAUGAAGACAAUCUGUACAUGUACCUUUAUUUUGUCAUCUUUAUUAUUUUUGGUUCGUUCUUUACCCUGAAUCUUUUCAUUGGUGUCAUCAUAGAUAACUUCAACCAACAGAAAAAGAAGUUUGGAGGUCAAGACAUUUUUAUGACAGAAGAGCAGAAGAAAUACUACAAUGCAAUGAAAAAACUGGGUUCAAAGAAACCACAAAAACCCAUCCCUCGCCCUGCUAACAAAUUCCAAGGAAUGGUCUUUGAUUUUGUAACCAAACAAGUCUUUGAUAUCAGCAUCAUGAUUCUCAUCUGCCUCAACAUGGUCACCAUGAUGGUGGAAACUGAUGACCAGAGUCAGGAAAUGACAAACAUUCUGUACUGGAUUAAUCUGGUGUUUAUUGUUUUGUUCACUGGAGAGUGUGUGCUGAAACUAAUCUCUCUUCGUUAUUACUAUUUCACCAUCGGAUGGAAUAUUUUUGAUUUUGUGGUGGUCAUUCUCUCUAUCGUAGGUAUGUUUCUGGCCGAGCUGAUAGAAAAAUACUUCGUGUCCCCUACCCUGUUCCGAGUGAUCCGUCUCGCCAGGAUUGGUCGAAUCUUGCGUCUGAUCAAGGGGGCGAAGGGGAUCCGCACGCUGCUCUUUGCUCUGAUGAUGUCCCUUCCCGCCUUGUUUAACAUCGGCCUCCUGCUCUUCCUGGUCAUGUUCAUCUACGCCAUCUUUGGAAUGUCCAACUUUGCGUAUGUUAAGAGGGAAGUUGGAAUUGAUGACAUGUUCAACUUUGAGACCUUCGGCAACAGCAUGAUCUGCCUGUUCCAAAUUACCACCUCUGCUGGUUGGGAUGGAUUGCUAGCACCCAUUCUUAAUAGUGGACCUCCAGAUUGUGACCCUGAAAAAGAUCACCCUGGAAGCUCUGUUAAGGGAGACUGUGGAAACCCAUCUGUGGGGAUUUUCUUUUUUGUCAGUUACAUCAUCAUAUCGUUUCUAGUUGUGGUGAACAUGUACAUCGCUGUCAUCCUGGAGAACUUCAGUGUCGCUACUGAGGAAAGUGCAGAGCCCCUGAGUGAGGAUGACUUUGAGAUGUUCUAUGAGGUUUGGGAGAAGUUCGAUCCUGAUGCCACCCAAUUUAUAGAGUUCUCCAAGCUCUCUGAUUUUGCAGCUGCCCUAGAUCCUCCUCUCCUCAUAGCAAAACCAAACAAAGUCCAGCUCAUUGCCAUGGACCUGCCCAUGGUCAGUGGCGACCGGAUCCACUGCCUCGACAUUUUAUUUGCCUUCACAAAGCGUGUUUUGGGUGAGAGUGGAGAGAUGGAUGCCCUUCGAAUACAGAUGGAGGAGCGAUUCAUGGCAUCGAACCCCUCCAAAGUCUCCUACGAACCCAUCACGACCACUCUGAAACGCAAGCAAGAGGAGGUGUCUGCUGUUGUUAUCCAGAGGGCUUAUAGACGCUACCUCUUGAAGCAAAAAGUGAAAAAGGUUUCGUGUAUCUAUAAGAAAGACAAAGGCAAAGAAGGCGAAGGAACACCUAUCAAAGACGAUAUCCUCAUUGAUAAACUAAAUGAGAAUUCGACUCCAGAGAAAACCGACGUGACACCCUCCACCACUUCUCCACCCUCGUAUGACAGUGUCACCAAACCGGAAAAAGAAAAAUUUGAAAAAGACAAAUCCGAAAAGGAAGACAAAGGGAAAGAUAUCAGGGAAAGUAAAAAGUAA